AUUUAUACGCUGUGAUCAAAGUAACCAUGAGUAGGGAAACCCAUUCGGAGGACCAAAAAGAAAAAAAACAUGGUCUGGAAGAUGCGGAAAAGUUCUUUAAAGAUGCCUGCAAAAUAUUUCAGCGAGAAGCAGCAAAACUUCGCCAGGAGAGAGAAGCGAUUGACGACAUGUCGAAGAAGUUGAAACAUGUUCACUUUUCUUCGACUGCAAAACUCAAUGUCGGUGGCCACCACUUCACAACAAGUCUUCAAACACUUACUAAAGAUCCAAAUUCAAUGCUGGCAGCCAUGUUUUCCGGGAUGUUUGAAAUGAAAGCUAAUGAAGACGGCGCUUUCUUCAUCGAUCGGGAUGGAACUCACUUCCGGUUUAUACUUAAUUAUCUUCGCAAUGGGGAGUUAAUUUUGCCAGAUGGUGCAACAUUUCUCAAAGAGCUCGAAGCUGAAGCUAAGUUUUACCAGAUCCAAGGAAUUCUGGAUGAGUUGAAGCCUAAAGCACCGAAGAAUUUUGAAGAAUCAGUGAUUCUGACAAAUGAAGAGCACCAAAGCAAGCUUAAUGGCUGGCUGCCUCAAUAUGAUAAAUGGCAUCUACUUUUCCGUGGUUCUCGAGAUGGCUUCACAGCUCAUGCAUUUCACACCAAAUGUGAUAAUAAAGGGCCCACGGUUACCAUUGUGAAAAGCGGAAACAAUGUUUUUGGAGGAUUCACGAGAAAUUCUUGGAAAAGUCACGGUGAUCACCUUCCCUCCGAAGAAGCGUUCUUGUUCAGCAUGGUGAAUCCGCGUGGACUGGCACCGUGUAAAAUGCUACUAAACAGCGGAAAUAUGCAAUAUGCUAUUUAUUGUAACAGCAACGCUGGACCAUCAUUUGGAGGGGGUUCUGACUUAUACAUAUCCAACGAUGCAAACUCAAGUUACAGUAAUCUUGGCCACACGUAUCAGCUUCCUAAAGGAUAUGAGAGCACAUCCUUUACCGGAGCUGAUAAAUUUAUCGUGACAGAUUACGAGGUGUUUGGAAGUCACUUGUUGUGACACGGAAGUGAUAGCCAUAUAAUAGACUACAGCUGCUUAAUGUGUAUUAGUAAAGUCAUUUGUUUAAAAAAAAAAAUAGACAAAUGAAUAAGCUUAUUUGUAAGGCAGCUUUCUUCCCCUUUCGUUUCAUGAAAAUUUGAAGAUAGGAGCUUCUAAUUUAGUUUUAUCAGAGAGCGAUUCUAUUCAUCAACUUUUGGUUCAAUAUUUACUCGGCCAUUUUUCGAACACCUCCUUACACUUGGUAGAUGUUAUUAUUACGAAGUAAAAAGAUGGAUUUGCUUGUCUGAGCUGUAUAAUAGACGUUUGAACUCUUCAUUAUCCAUUAUUGCGUUCUAAAGUUGAAAUAUCUUUUCGCUUUCUACCUUUUUAGAGCUUGGAAUACCACUCGUAACCAUUCUCGUGUAAACGGAACUCUUCAACUGAGUGGCGAAGUGCAAAUUUUAAAAA